CUUGGAUAAAAUUGGUUCAAGAUUUUAAUUCAAAUAACAAUAUUAGGAGGUAACAUUAUUUUCCAGGGUUACUUAUUUACGAAGGUUUAUAUUUUUAAUGUUUUAGGUAACUCGAAAAAAUUUGAAACAAAAUGAAAUAUGAGGCAAAAACCUAUAAAAGUAAAUUAAAAGUGGAUGUAAUGGGCACAGGGGGUGGGCCAAGCACCCUCAAAGAAAAUAGUAUUUUGGAAGAGGUGUUAGUUUUGAUAGGAAGAGCAGGUGUUGAAAUAGAAAACAUUCCUGGUUCUGAUUUUCAGCCUGCUGUAGUUGUCGAUAUAGCCGAAUUUCAAGUUCAAGUUGAAAGUGGUGAGACAAGUGCAACCUUUCAGGUACCUCUUGUUCAACUUGCAAGCACCAGCAGACAAAUAACGCCUUCGAGAAGAAGACCAAUUGUAAAAGCUUCCAUUAAAGAACAACUAAGCAAGGAAAAAGAGAUCCGAAGAAAGGGAGCUCUUUCAGUUAGCAAAAGAAAAGCGGAGCAAAGUAUUCAUCUGCCAAGCAUUAUUUUACAAAAAUUAGAAAAUAACGAAGAUGUAGAUCCUUCCUUAAUACACGCAAUUUUUAAGGAUUAG